AUGAGUAAACAAUCGACUAUUGAUCGUUUCUUCAAAGUUAGCUCAUUGUUUAACCAAAAUUCUAUUCAAGAAAAGAGAAUUGAAAGCAAACCAAUAAAGGAACAAUCAAAUAAAACUAAAAGGGUUAAAAAAAUGAAAGGAUUGGAUCUGUUCUUUACAGUCAAACCUAGAAAUGGUGAAUCAGCAUUAUUAAGAAAUGAACGACUACGAAAACAAUUAAUUGAAGAAAAGAAAAAAAUAAAAGAAGAAGAGAAAGCUCGAAAAAAAGCAAUAAAAGAAAAACAGAAAUUAUUACAAAAGAAAAUAGAAGAAGAAGAAAAUGAAGCUGCAAGACAAGAACUUGAACGACAAGAAAAAGAAUUUAAAAUAAGAAAAGAUGGAAAAGGAGUGGAGGUAUGUCCUGGAGUAUUUAUUGGAACUCAACUCACAGCAAUGAACUUGAAUUGGUUACAAGAAAUGGAAGUAGAAGGUAUUGUAAAUUGUACAAAGAAUAUAACAUGUUAUUAUAAUUCUCAAUUAAAUGAGAAUUUUAAACCAGAAGAUUAUCAAGGAAUAACAAAUAAAGAAUAUUUAAGAAUACCUAUUGACGACGAUGGAAUAAUUCCAAUUGAUUCUUAUUUUGACCAAACAUAUUCGUUUGUUGAAAAAAUAAGAAAUAAAGGAAAAAGUGUAUUAUUUCAUUGUAAAUAUGGUAAAAGUAGAUCAGCAAGUUUAUUAACAUUUUACUUAUUAAAGAAGUAUCAAAUUACAGUUAACGCAGCUAAAGAAUUAUUUAAAAAAGCAUGUUGGACAAUAGAAAUUAACAAUCAUUUUUAUGUUACAUUAAAAGAAUAUGAAUCACUUCUUUUAAAUAAUGGACAACAAAAAAGAAGAACAAGAAAGGUUGAUGACAUUACUCCUGAAUUAUCAGAAAAAAUAGAAAACAUUGUAAGUGAAGUAAUGUCAAGUCAAAAAAUAAGAACUGCUUCUCAAAAAUUACAAAUUGUUAAUAACAAAGUUAUUGAACCUUAA